AUGAAGUCCACUACGAGGCAGGUUUCGCCCGCCUCACCCAAACCGCACCCGCCGUCACCUGAACCCAAACCUACUGCCAAGGGGGAUCUCUCGUGGGCCACCCGUGUCCGGCAAGGACCCCAGGUGAGUGGCUGGGGCGGGGCAGCCUCUCCGCCCCCACCAUCCAUGAUCCCUAACCCCAAGCCGCCAACCCCUUCCACUCCCACCCGGGAACAAAUUGCAAUCCGUCAGUUACAGGCCCAGGUUGCCUCGUUAACGCAGGCGGUGGAGGCGCUCGCGAACCGCUUGCCCUCAGCUAACCCGACGCCGUCCGGGCAGGCGCCUGAGGCGAUGGAUAGUGGCCCCUCUGAACACAGGGACACCACAGCACCCCUCGCCUCAAUUAAGGCGCGUGUUAGCAGCUUAGAGGCCCAUAUGGCAUCCAUAGUGACCACGAUUAAAGACCGAUUGGCCGCCGCCCUCCAAACCGUUGUCGACCUCAUCCGGGCAUGA